GAGCGCGGACUCCGCGGGCCAGAGACCGAGCCGGUGGGCAGUCUCCGGAGAGGAGAACCGAGCGCAGCCGAGUGCAGCGGCCGCCCCAGGUCCAGAACAACAGCCCUUUCUGAGGAGGCUCCAAAACGGCUCUCUGAGUGCCUGUGUGGCAAGCGGAUCUGGGGGCCCAGAGGGCAGAGCCAGGACUCUCAAGGGAAGCGGACUGUGGCACCUAGUGGGGAAGACCUCUCCAGCCCCAACUGCCUGUGUGCGUAGAAGCUGGCCACCUGCCCCGUCCGCCUGGCUGGAACUUGUGAAGUGCCUUACAGCCUGAGCUCGAAGGAAAGCCUGAAAGGGCGGAACCAACCCUUCUUGAAAGUGAGGAGGAGAUGGCCACCAAAGAGAAGCUGCAGUGUUUGAAAGACUUCCACAAGGACAUCCUGAAGCCAUCCCCGGGAAAGAGCCCAGGCACCAGGCCUGAGGAUGAGGCUGAGGGGAAGCCCCCACAGAGGGAGAAGUGGUCCAGCAAGAUCGACUUUGUGCUUUCCGUGGCUGGUGGCUUUGUCGGUUUGGGCAAUGUCUGGCGUUUCCCAUACCUCUGCUACAAAAAUGGUGGAGGUGCAUUUCUCAUACCGUAUUUUAUUUUCCUGUUUGGGGGCGGCUUGCCUGUGUUUUUCCUGGAGGUAAUCAUAGGCCAGUAUACCUCUGAAGGGGGCAUCACCUGCUGGGAAAAGAUCUGCCCUUUGUUCUCUGGCAUCGGGUAUGCCUCCAUCGUGAUCGUGUCCCUCCUGAAUGUAUACUACAUCAUCAUCCUGGCCUGGGCCACAUACUACUUGUUCCAGUCCUUCCAGUCGGAGCUGCCCUGGGCGCACUGCAACCACAGCUGGAACACACCGCAGUGCAUGGAGGACACCAUGCGCAAGAACAAGAGCAUGUGGAUCACCCUCAGCUCCCACAACUUUACCUCCCCUGUCACCGAGUUCUGGGAGCGCAACGUGCUAAGCUUGUCCUCUGGAAUUGACGACCCGGGCUCUCUGAAGUGGGACCUUGCUCUCUGCCUUCUCUUCGUCUGGCUGAUCUGUUUCUUCUGCAUCUGGAAGGGCGUCAAGUCCACGGGGAAAGUUGUCUACUUUACAGCCACUUUCCCAUUUGCUAUGCUUCUGGUGCUUCUGGUCCGUGGACUGACGCUGCCCGGUGCAGGCGCAGGCAUCAAGUUCUACCUGUACCCUGACAUCAGCCGCCUCGAGGACCCACAGGUGUGGAUCGAUGCUGGGACCCAGAUAUUCUUCUCCUAUGCCAUCUGUCUGGGGGCCAUGACCUCGCUGGGGAGCUACAACAAGUACAAGUACAAUUCCUACAGGGACUGUAUGCUGCUGGGAUGCCUGAACAGUGGUACCAGUUUUGUGUCUGGCUUCGCAAUUUUUUCCAUCCUGGGCUUCAUGGCACAAGAGCAAGGGGUGGACAUUGCUGAUGUGGCUGAGUCAGGACCUGGCCUGGCCUUCAUUGCCUACCCAAAAGCUGUGACGAUGAUGCCACUGCCCACGUUUUGGUCCAUUCUUUUUUUUAUUAUGCUUCUCUUGCUUGGACUGGAUAGCCAGUUUGUUGAAGUUGAAGGACAGAUCACGUCCUUGGUUGACCUCUACCCGUCCUUCCUAAGGAAGGGUUUCCGUCGGGAAAUCUUCAUCGCCUUCAUGUGUAGCAUCAGCUACCUGCUGGGGCUGACGAUGGUGACGGAGGGUGGCAUGUAUGUGUUUCAACUCUUUGACUACUAUGCAGCUAGUGGUGUAUGCCUUUUGUGGGUUGCAUUCUUUGAAUGUUUUGUUAUUGCCUGGAUAUAUGGCAGUGAUAACUUUUAUGAUGGCAUUGAGGACAUGAUCGGCUAUCGGCCUGGGCCCUGGAUGAAGUACAGCUGGGCCGUGGUCACUCCAGUUCUCUGUGUUGGAUGUUUUAUCUUUUCUCUCGUCAAGUACAUACCCCUGACCUACAACAAAGUCUACGUGUACCCCACCUGGGCCAUCGGGCUGGGCUGGAGCCUGGCUCUGUCCUCCAUGGUGUGUGUCCCCCUAGUCAUGGUCAUCCGCCUCUGCCAGACAGAAGGGCCGUUCCUUGUGGUGAGCAUGCGGUUCCCCAGGGCUGGACUGAGGUUGGGUGUGGGAGGCUGAGCUGGCUGCCAAUGCGCUGUGUGACUUUGGGCAUGUUGCUUACCCUGUCUUAGUACCAGAUGCCUCACCUGCCCCUGGAG